CAAAAAUUAAGAAUGCAACCCAACAAAUAUCUGAAUAUAAACAAGCAUUAGUGCAUUUAAGUGACCAAGACAUAAAACAAGUGAUUAGAAAUAGUAUGAAAGAAAAUAAAAAAAUUAUUGAACAGCUUAGUGAGGAAGGCAUUGUAGAGCAGUAUGAUAAAUCAGGAAGACUAUCAGCAGCAAUUUUAAAUUCAGAUAUUUGGGACAAUAUUCUGAUUGUGUUGAGUUUAGUUCCACUCAUGCUAAAAGAAAAAGACAAAGAAAAAUACAAUACUUACCUUUUACGUCAAUGCCUGUCAACAUAUUUGAAACCUCGAUACAAACAUACCUUUGCAGCUCGCCAUUAUCAUCACUCUGCAAAAGUCAGUUUAGCAUCUGUAGCAAGAACAGACAUGAAACAACAUAUUGAUAAACAUUACUUUUUGGCAUCAGUAAAAGUGGCCCAAGUUUUUGCAGAAGUAUUUGCAAGUGAAACUGUUGUCAUCUUUCAAGAUGACAAAGCAAAAAUUAGUUUAGGUAUACCUGCAAUAGGCCUUCUUCUUGUUGAUGAAAGAAGGCCUAACGAGAAUCCAAAACAUCUUAAAAAUAUUAUUGAAUAUUCUAACUUAUUUCGAACUCUCGAUCUUGAUUAUCUCACUAUCUGUAUACAUGCACUAUACCAAAGUGCUUACAAUCCCAUAAAACAUAGUAUGGCCUCCUUCUCAGAAAAGCUUACUGAAAUCACUUUACCUGUAGAUGAAUAUGCUCCAGAUGCUGCACUUUUAUUGAAUCAAAAUAAUGGGUUUCUUCUCUCAGUCACUAAAGGUAAAAAUGGUCAUUUUGUUAAUCUGAUACAUGCUUUUCAAUAUUUUGACAAACUGAAUAUUCCAUCAUACAAUCGCUCAUGCCUAUCAAUUUCAAAAGAAAUGCAUCAGCAUUCAUAUUGUAGUGAGUUUAAUAAAUCUUUAUUAGCAGCAAACUUAGUAAACUUUAAAGUUGCUAAAGAUGCUAAUAAGUAUAAUCAUGUUUUAUUAGAAGAGAAGGUCUCAGAUUUACAUAAAAUCCAAUCUGAUAUUGAAUUAGAAUUAAUAGAAGUUUAG